AUGGCAUUUGAUUUCGGUGAAAAAGAAAAUCAACAAUUAAAUAAUAUUAGAGCUGGUUUGAUUGACUUUGUUUCUGGAUCACUUGGUAACAUGAUAUAUUCUAGAUACGUUAUUACUUUUAUCAAUCAAUUUUAAUAAUUCAUAAGAGAUAAAUAAACAAUUUGCAAGAUAAGUAAAAUUUCAAAUAUCCAUAGUCUUCAUAGUAAUUCGUAUAAUUUAUUUCACAUUAUGAGUCUAUAUUUUUUUUUUUUUUGGAAAGUAAUUCUGCUGUUAGUAUUAAUUAACAUCUUGAUCGUUAACAACAAAGAAAUUAAGGGAUUAGUAAAAAAUUGUUUACUUGUUACAAGAAAUAAAUUAUUUUUUCUACUUCAUGUCGUUACGUUCCAUUUGAUUUAAGGUGGAAUAGCACUUGUAUACGUUGGACAACCGUUAGAUACAGUUAAGGUAAAAAUGCAAACCUUUCCUUCUAUGUAUAAGGGAAUGGUAAAUUGCUUUUUACAAACACUAAGAACAGAUGGAAUAAUGCGCGGCUUAUAUGCAGGAACUGUACCCGCAUUAGUUGCUAAUGUUGCUGAGAAUUCAGUAUUAUUUGCUGCAUAUGGUGGAUGUCAGAAAGUUAUUUCUAAUAUUUUGGAUAUUAAGAAAGUAGAAAAUUUGACAUCAAUGCAAAAUGCCUGUGCUGGAUUUUUUGCUGCAUUUUUUUCCUCAUUAACGUUAUGCCCCACAGAGCUUAUAAAAUGUAAACUGCAAGCAAUAAGAGAAGUUCAAAUGGAAACUAAAUCAUCAUUAACUGUAGUCAAGAAAGAAAUUGGACCAUGGGGAUUGACACGUGAAAUUCUUAAAGAACAAGGCAUAAGAGGUUUAUUUACUGGUUUGUCGUCGACUAUAGCACGUGAAAUGCCAGGAUAUUUCUUUUUUUUUGGAGGAUAUGAAUUAACCAGAGAACUUCUAAGAAAGCCAGAUGAAAGUAGGAAUGAUAUUGGGUGGCAAAAAACUAUGGUUGCUGGUGCUGUUGGUGGAAGUGUUUUAUGGCUUGUAAUAUUUCCAGCUGAUGUAAUUAAGAGUAGGAUACAGGUUAAAAAUUUAAAAACUCCUGCGUUAGUAGUUAUGAAAGAUAUCGUAAGAAAUGAAGGUAUAAAUUCCUUGUACAAUGGUUUAAAACCAACGUUAAUAAGGACAGUGCCAGCAACAGCUACAUUAUUUGUAACUUAUGAAUAUACUAAACAAAUUCUGCUUGAUUUUUUUGAGAAUAGUUGAUAGAAAAAAUGUAUAUUUUUUUAAUUAUUAUAGAAUAUAAAAUAG